AGAAGUUUUAAAUUAAUUGAACCUUAAAUUCCCUGCGCUGGACUGUCCGGACAGGCGCUGCGCUGGCUUUUGCAAAUAUGAACCAAUGCUGCGAUGAUUUGUUGGAACAGGUCUUACCUGUCUGGCCACUUUUCCCGAGGAAAUGAGUCGGAGUUGGAUCCCGGUUCUGUGGACGACAGCGGCAAAGGGAACGUAGAGGAGGCACGGACUUUCCAUGGCUGUCAUUUCAGCACAAAAUGAACACAACAAUGGAUUUAACUACUUUCUUUUGGAGUCAGGCAAUUUGAAGUCAAAACCGUCACAAGAGGGUCAAACAUUAUGGCCCAGAUCACUGGCUCGAAAAUGGUUUGUGGUGCUGUUCCUGGGCACCUGCCUCCUGUACUGUGCGCGGAUGGCCAUGCCGAUCUGUGCCGUCACCUUGGCGUCCACUUUCCACUGGACAAAGAUUGACACUGGAGUUGUACUCGGGGGCUUCUUCUGGGGCUACUGUAUCACUCAGAUCCUGGGAGGAUACGUCAGUGACAAGAUUGGUGGAGAGCGCGUUCUGUUAAUGUCUGCAGCCUCUUGGGGUCUGAUCACCGCUGGGACCCCCCUUGUGACCCGGUUCUCCUCUCACGCCCUGUUUCUCAUGACAGCCGCACGUUUCCUCAUGGGGCUGUUACAAGGUGUGUUCUUUCCCUCUUUGGCCAGUUUGUGUUCACAUCGUGUGGUAAAGGCAGAAAGAGGAUUUUUGAUGAGCAUUUUGCACAGUGGCACUUAUCUUGGAACAUUAGUGGCUGGUGGUCUGGGUUCAGUCAUGCUGCAGAAUUAUGGGUGGGAAUACCUGUUUUAUUGCACUGGUUUUGUCAGUGGCCUUUGGGCGUUCCUGAUUUGGUACUUUCUAGUAAAAGGCAGAGAGCUUCCUAAACAGAAGCAAAGAGCAAAUGGUCCACAUCAGUCAAAAACACGUUGGUUAAGUUUCAUAAAGAAGUCAUCGGUUUGGUCCAUGAUGAUUGCUCAUACAUGUGCAGCCUCUACAUUCUAUACUUUGUUGUCAUGGCUGCCAACUUAUUUUGAAGAGUCAUUUCCAAAUGCAAAGGGAGGGGUGUACAAUACUGUCCCAUGGAUAGCUGCUAUCCCUGCCAGUCUGUUUGGAGGUUAUGCCUCUGAUUUCCUCAUAACUAAAGGAUACCCGGUUGUGUAUGUGAGGAAGUUCAUGCAGGCAAUUGCUAUGGGAAUCCCAGUGCUAUUCAUUUUACCCAUGUCUAAUACUAUCACAUUAUCAACUGCUGUCACACUCACCACUGUGGCUAUUGCAGCGACAACCUUUACCAGUGGUGGUGUGGCUGUGAAUGUACAGGAUCUCACUCCAUCGUGUGCUGGCGCCCUCUAUGGUUUCAUGAAUAUGAUGGGUGCUUUAUCAGGGGUGGUGACGGUAUCUCUUUCCGGAUACCUGAUUGAAGUGACUCAAACGUGGGCUACAGUCUUCUCCCUAGUGGCCUUAAUAAACUUGUCCGGUUUGGGGGUCUACUUGAUUUUUGGAGAUGCUCAGCGCCUCGACCAGCAUAGCUACAGCCCUGUCACUGUGAUAUGAACACUGCCCACACCUCUAUGAAGACGAAAACUGCUGAGUGCUUUCAGUUUUCUAACAUGAUUAUAUUGUUACACAAAGUGUUUACAUUUGAAUAUCCUCAUUUUUUUUGAGGGAAUUGUUUAAAAAGACUUUAAUAUAAUUACAUUUAGCAAACUGGAGAUAUAUUUGUAAUGCUAUUUUAUUGUUUUAUACGAUAGCAAAAAUAAUUUAUAAUGACCAAAAGAUGAUGUGUUUAUCAGAGACAGUUUCUCAUUGUACUUUGUUUUAUUUGCUCAUGUGUUAUUAUGUAGAAGGAAAGACCUGCACAGUCUCUCCACUUAUGACUUUGUGGACUCAGCACAGAGGCCCAGUCAAGGAGGUGCCUUGUUAUGAAAAGUGACUCAUGUCAAUGUAGGACAUACAGCAGUGUUAUUUCAAUAUCCACUCUCUUGCCUAUGCAUGAAAAAAUAAAACAUUAUG